CCCUGCCACCCCAAUGACAAGUGGCAAUGUGGAUCAACAGUAUGAUCGAUCCUGGAUUGGAAAUCAGAAUCUAGAGCUCGGUGAUGAUCGAAACGGCAGUCCAUUCAGUGGCAGGCGAGCCUUGUUCUCCCCUAUUGGAAAUCAAGAGAUAUCCUACAAGUCUAGGGCACGACGAGAAUGCUGGUUCUACACGAUGGUUGUCCUGUCGAUAUUCCCUUUCUUCUCCCUGUUGGUUCUCAUGGGCGUCUUCGAUGAAGCCCUCUCCUGGAUUACCAAGGGCGAGGCUCACAGCUUGACCAAGCGACAGAAACGGAUCAUUCAGACCAUGUUUAUUGCCGAGUGCAUCGUGUAUACGGGAUGUAUGGCAUCACUUAUCGUGUAUUUUGUCAUCAAAAGCCAGGGCUUGUAGACUGUGGCGCGGUUCAGGGGCGAACUGAGCUUGUUCAAGGUUGCACUCUGUGCCUCGGUUUUUACAGUGGUCUAUGGCGAGAGGGAAACUGUCCUGGAUGAGGCGAUGAAUGGUGGCGCCGGGCAUCUGCUGUUAGGGCAACCUACUCGCCCACAAGCACUGAAGACGAUGUAGGCACGACGACCAAGAAGAUCAGAAGAGAUGUAGAAAGCAC